AUGAUAUAUUCCUUGUCUACAGAAAUUCUUUUGACUAUUUUAGAAUGCCUGUCCCCGCUUGAUCUUUUCUCCGCUUCCAGAGCCUCGCCAAUCUUAUAUCGCACCUUCGUCGCCUACAAACAACAUCUUACCAGGCAUACUCUCCGUCAUGCCAUCCACGCAGCAUGUGCGGCGGACAUCUAUACCGCGCUGGACGCCCAGAAUAUCCCCAAACUUAUCAAGUCCGGCGAAAGCAUUGCCAAAGUCAAGGCCGAAUGUUUCUCGCUCUUUACCACCGACCGCACUCGUCGGCGUCAGAAUAUUGACCAGUUCAGCGUGGAUAAUGUGAACCUCGAUACGUUGUUCUACCUCCAUGUCAAUAUUGAACGCCUAAUCGAUAGCUAUUGCCACUGGUCACUGGGCAAUCUGAGCUCGCACCAUGAAAAGCCAACACCAUUCCAAACGACAACCGUCCACCCAAGAGCAAACCUGUCAUCUACUGAACAGGCCCGUCUUCAACGGGCGUUCUAUCGAUGCGAAAUAUACGCGAGAUCCCAGCGCGUCUUGCACCUCCUUCCGGACAAGAGUGCGGCCCUGAAUUUCUCUCAGAUUGUUUUGAGCUUCGUCUCGCAAUUCACCCUCUAUGAAUUCGAAGAGAUUAUCAGCAUACAACAAUUCCUCGCUCAAGUCAGUAGAUCGCUUUGCGAAAGAGUCGAAGAUGAUUUCAUGGCUUCUUAUUCUCUCGCUGGUUCUGGCAACGCGAGCGUCAAAAAAGAAGUUUCGGGAAAUGCAGUAUCAACCAAAGAUCAAGAUCUUGGGGACCUUUCAUUCUUCACAAAAUCAUACCGAGACACCCACCAUUCGGGCCAUGUGAAGUUCCUUAUAUCCUGUGGCUUAUCGUACAUCGUACGUCUGAGUCUCAUGGAACCGCAAGCCCUCAAACACGCCAUGCUCAAAUCAGAUAUGGACUCGCGCGAGAACACCGUCACAGACUUCUUUUCCCAGGAUGGACUGGAUAUCGCAUCAUGUGACGAGAGACAACAAAAUGUCAUCCUCAAGGGUAAACUGGUUUCCAUUCCCCGUGAUGAAGCUGGCAGUUGCAACCUGGGCUGGAAAUGGGGUACGAGUUUCCACGACUUUGUCAAGCCUGAUAGUCCUGCUAUGUUCGAUUUGCGGAACCAGGGCUAUGUCUUCUGGGAUCAAGACCGGCUGCAGGAAUCGGGACUUGUGAAUGAGCCGAAUGUGGUUUGUGUUGGGGCAAAUUAUUUCCCGCCUGGUCACAGGGGUCCGUUUAUGAGGCCGAGUGUUGAGGAGAGGCUUGGUGGGUUAUGGGUGGAUUCUGAGACGAGGAAAGUGAAAGAUGAAUAA